UUUUACAUUUUUCUUGAAGUUUUCAAUUCAUGCCCCCACACCCUCCGCCACCAUCAUUCACAGAGGAGGAGCAGCCCAACCUUCGCUCUCUCUCUCUCUCUCAUUCGUCAUCAUCUUCUUCUUCUUCAUCAGCAUCAUCGGAUCUCAGUUUUUGGUCGAGUCUUUCCCACUUCGCGGAUCGCCCGACGAACCCCCCGUUCUUGUCAAUUUCGCGCCUUUAAUCUCCCGGUAGGGAGAUCCGCCGAUUGAUCGGAGCGACCCAUCAAUCAAAAGACCGAUAGCCCACCGACCCCCGCCGGCAAUGAACGACUUCGACGGGCUCUUGACCGCCGAUUUCGGCUUCAAACCCCAGGGCAAAUCGGCUCCGAUGAAACCUUCCUCGUCCGCCGCCUCCACGACGGCCCCCUUCGACUUCGAUCUCGGAUCUCGAUCCUCUCGCGUCUCCAAUUCCGAUCACGCCUACGGCUCGAAGCCGAAUGCGAAGUCCCAAACCCUAUACGACUUUGGUGACCUCUUCGCCAACAAUGCGAGGAGCACGAGCGGAUCGGAGAGCCGACGGGGCGAUCCGGGUUUUGAUUUCGACUCAAUGUUCAAUUCGAGCUCCAAAUCGCCGGGUUCGCCGGUCUACGAUAAGCCGGUCUACGAUGACGAUAUAUUUGAAGGUGUUCCGGGCAUGAAGAGCUCUUCCGAGGUGAAAUAUGAGGAUGUCUUCAGGUCCAUUUCCGAAUCUCCGCCGCGGAGAAAAGGGAAUGAAAAUAGUGGGUUUGACGAUCUUUUGGGUGGAUUUGGAAAGAAGGAAGGCGAAUCAAAGAGUAAGGGGUAUGAUAGGAGUGUCCCAGCUUUUGAUGAUGAUUUAAUUCCUGGGUUUGGAGGAAGUGGCCCUCCUGCUCAAAACAGGCCAAUGCCAGAGCCUACUUGGUCUUCUGAGCCAACGCAUCACACGAGUAAAACGACAGAAGAUCCAUUUGUGUCAUUAGGAUCAACCUCACCCCAUGUGGCGUCAUCUUCAGGCCUUUCCACUGACCCGUUGGAAGAAUUUAGUAAGCUUGGUAAAUCGGAGAGCAUGAAAACUGAUGCUCCAUCUGUAUCCAGUGGGGGAGUAUAUGAUGACAUGGAUCCAUUUGAUGGCUUGGGAAAACCUGUGCCGUCAUUUUCAUCUGAAAGAACCAAUAGCGGCAAGGAUAGAAGUCCUCUGAGGAGAGAGCGCAGCUCUAAGAGGAGUCCAGAUAACUAUGCAGAAGAGUCUUUGCCUGUAGAUAAUGAUCUUAAAUCCGAUCAAACUUUUUCCGAUAUCCCCCCUGCUUCUCGAGGUACUAACAUGUCUGCUGGUCAAACUGCUUCUGAUCCUUCCUAUGCGCAGGCCAAUCCGAAUGGUGUCAGUAGCCCAGUAGACAUGUCCCCAAGAUAUGAGGAAAAUGUCUCAUCCUCUGAUGAGGUAUGGCUCACAGUAUCAGAAAUUCCUCUUUUUACACAACCUACAAUUGUGCCCCCGCCGUCUAGACCUCCUCCUCCGAGACCAGCACGAGUCUCAAGAGCAGGAAGUAGCUCUUUUGGAUCUGCAAAUGUGAAGAAUAAUGUUAAUGAGUUUUCUUCAUUCCCAAAUUCCACUAAAAAUUUUGAGGAUCCUAAGUCAGUCCCUCCUGCUUAUAUGAGUUCAGCUUCAUCUCCAAUCGAUGAAUUGGAAGAUUUUGCAAUGGGCAGGAAUAGAAAUAAUGUUGAUGAUCAUUCUAACGGCUUUUAUAGUGAGGAAAUGGGUAUGAACUCUGAUGCUGCUGCAUCUGCAGCAGCCAUGAAAGAAGCCAUGGAGAGGGCAGAGGCUAAGUUUAGGCAUGCAAAGGAGGUGAGGGAAAGAGAGAGUAGUAAAACAGCUAGAAGUAGAGACACUGUGCAUCUCGAGAAGGACGAGGAUUUUCUGGAUGCUCAUGAGAGAGCUCUCCUGGAAAAGCAAGAGAAUUUAGAUCGCGAGAGGCUGCAGAGGGAGAAGGAAGAGGAAGAGAGGGAGCGAAGGAGACUUGAGAAGGAGAGAGAAAGAGAAGAAAAAGAGAGGGAACAAAGGAGACUUGAAAAGGAAAGGGAGAGGAGGGAGAUUGAGAGGGAAAGGGCCAGACAAGCCGUGGAAAGGGCUACAAGGGAGGCACGCGAGAGAGCAGCUGCUGAGGCACGUGAGAGAGCAGCUAUGGACGCUCGUAUGAAAUCUGAACGGGCUGCUGUUGAGAAAGUGAAUGCUGAAGCUCGAGGGCGUGCGGAAAGGGCAGCAGUGCUGAGAGCACAAGCUGAAGCCCGUGAAAGAGCAGCUGCAGAGGCAAGGGAAAGAGCUGAAAAAGCUGCUGCAGAAGCAAGGGAUAGGGAAGCACGGGGGAGGGCUGCUGAAACACGGAUGAAAGCAGAACGAGCUGCUGUGGAGAGAGCUGCUGCAGAGGCUCGAGAGAGGGCUGCUGCGGAGGCUCGAGAAAAGGCCGCUAGGGUCAACCAACAAAAGAAUGAUAAUGAUCUUGAAGCCUUUUUCAGCAUGGGUCGAGCAAGCAGUGCUCCGCGGCCAAGGGCCAAUUCUGCAGAUCCUUUCUUUGAAACACAGUCACAAAGCAGAAAGGGGCCUGAUGUGGCCAAGACAUCUGAAUCUGCUUCAUCAAGCAUGAGGAAAGCUUCAUCAAGUACAAAUAUUGUCGACGAUCUUUCUUCAAUUUUUGGAGGAGGAGUAGCAUCAUCUGGGGAGUUCCCGGAAGUUGAAGGAGAAAGUGAAGAAAGACGUAGAGCUCGGUUGGAUCGCCACCAGAGGGCUCAAGAACGAGCGGCAAAAGCUCUGGCUGAGAAGAAUCAGCGGGAUCUCCAGGUUCAAAGGGAGCAGGCCGAGAGACAUAGAAUUGGUGAAACAUUGGAUGUGGAGAUUAAGCGUUGGGCUGCUGGCAAAGAGGGGAACCUACGGGCUCUGCUUUCAACUAUGCAAUAUGUGCUCUGGCCUGAAUGUGGUUGGCAGCCUGUGUCUUUGACAGAUUUGAUAACUGCUGUGGCGGUGAAGAAGGUAUACAGGAAAGCUACCUUGUGCAUUCAUCCUGAUAAAGUGCAGCAGAAAGGUGCUAGUCUUCAGCAGAAAUACGUUGCUGAAAAAGUGUUUGACCUCCUUAAGGAAGCUUGGAACAAAUUCAAUUCUGAGGAGCUCUUUUGAAAUCCUGGAGUCACCUUGCCUCUUCAGCGCUGUGUUGUCGGCAACCAUGUCAUAUUUUUUUGGUGGAAUGGUAGUCUGCUACAUGCAGAAGAAUGGAAGCACAUCUUCUUGAUGAAAUGUACUGUGCACAUGUGCAGACAUAAAGCAUAGAUACGCACAAUCCAGUCGAUGUCUCCCAAGAGUGGGAGAACAUCGUUGCUCGCCGCAAUUGAGUCACUCUCGAGGUAAAAGAAGUUGAAGGCUAUUGUGUUAUCAGUUGGAAUGUUGUGCCUUUGUAGAAUAGCAUGUGUUGAUUCCAUUUCUGGAAAACUCUUACUAGAUCCGCUUCUCGUUGAGAGUGAGAAGACUGUCUUCUUUUUGGUGAUUUUUUCCCUCUUGGGUUGUGAUAUAGCUCCAUUUAUUGAGUGUAUAACCUCAUCUGUAUUGAUCUGUAUGAUUGCUCACCACAUCUCUAUAUAGAAGAAAUGUCUUCAUUUA